GCUGCAACAAAAAUCAAUAGUCGCCGCCAUAUUUUUUUCACUCAACUCGCAGACCAACGCGCUCGGACACCCGAAUAAUGUUUAGUUAAAUAAGUUAAUUAAGAUAAGCCAUAGUUGAAAGUGCACCGAGUACGCGCCAGAGCAGUGAUCAAGUGACCCUUCAUCAGAAGUGACUUCCUGUUGCCAAAAAUAAUCGCCCAAAUCCGCAAGUCUCCGGCAUUCGAACGCUCUUCCUCUUCUUCAGAGACUGCAUAGUCGAGAAAUCCCCCCUCCUAUUUAAAGGAUUCCAAGUGCUAGUGCUCCCGAGUGCGUAACCAGCUAGCGAGCAGCAUGGAAGGAUCCUCAGUGUCCUCACCCUCGAUGGGUGGCCCACGUGGUGGCGGUUUCCGCGGUCGAGGUGGUGGAGCACCCAUGCGCGGUGGCUUCGAUCGCGGACGUGGUCGUGGUGGACGCGGUCACUUUAUGGGCGGCAUGCGCGGAGGCGGCGGAGGUGGUAUGGGCGGAGGUCCACCGAUGCAGGGAAUGAUGUCGGGUCCUCCGAGAGGAAUGCGUGGUUCCCGUGGCGGCGGAAUGGGCUAUCAAGGACGCGGCGGUGGCUAUCAGCCGCGCGGUGGAGCUUCCAUGGGCAUGCGCGGCGGUCGCCCACCCUUGUACUCGCAGCCUCCCAAACAACACACAGGUGCCGACAAUAACAAGACCGUCUCACCAGUGCCCACCUCGGCGAUAAGCGGGGAACAGCCGGCGGUUGAGUCAGCCGGGGACGAGGUAGCAGAAGGCCAGGCAUCAUCCAGCGUUGCGCCCUCCAGCAAUUCGCACGGCGGCAGCUCCGCCCCUGGCGGCAGCAACGGCGGAGGACCGCCUCCGUAUCUAGGCCGUGGUCGUGGUCGCGGCGGUCCCUUCAGCGGUCGUGGACGCGGCGGCGGUGGCUACAAUUCGCAUAUGAACGGCAAUGGGGGCGGUGGCAGCAUGUACGGCGGCUCGCACAGUCACCACAGCAACUCCAUGGGCGGUGGUCCGGGCGGAGAUCACGGAUCGAUGCCCAGGCGUGGAGCCCCACGCGGCAGGGGCGGCUACAAUCAAGGUAUGAGUCGGCCACCCUUGCAUCACCAUCAGGCACAUAAUCCCAAUACACAACUCGCACCGGUACCAGCUCUCAAACGCGGCGCUCCCGGUGGUCCUGGUCCCAAGCGAGGUCGCUACGAGGGCGGUCCCUACGGCCAACGGCCCAUGACGCCCAAGUAUCACUCCACCCAGCAGCACAUGGGUGGCGGCGGAGGUGGCGGCAUGUCCUCGCAGUCCUCUUAUGGCUCGCCGCCCAGUCAUCAUGCGCCAGCUCCAAGCCACCACAGCUACCAGACCCACGAUCAAACCCAGCAAGUGGAUCCGUAUGCGCAGAGUAGCUACAGCACUCAGACCACGCAGCAGGGAUACAAUGGUUAUGGCCAGACCGGUGGCAGCAGCUACGCGGCUCACACAUCGCAGGCGGCAGCUCCCGCCAGCAGCAGCUAUGCGGCCCACGAAUACGAUCAAAGCCAGUACCAGAACUACAACAGUUCGACGGGUUAUGCCGCACCGCAGGACACGCGGUAUCAGUCGUACAGCCAGGACUACAGUCAGCAGUACGGCUCGACUGCCGUGGAUUACAAUGCCACCGGACAAGCGGACUACAGCCAGCACGGGCAGCAGAGCGCUGGCUAUGAUGAGCGCGCCUAUGCGGGUUACGAUUCGCAGGCCUACUCGCAGAACUACUCGAACGCAGCCGCCUACUACUAGACAACCGCUUCCCACUCCCACCCCUGACGGCACACUAGAGAUCAGAACGCUGCGCGUGCUCCGAUAGGCCAAGAAACCAAAUAAGAAGGGAUUAGGGCAGACUUAAAUCGAGUAACAGGAGGGGAAUAUAUGUUAAAUGAAGCAAUCAACUUGCUAUACAUAAUACACAACACACACGCGAACCCCCUAAACAUACAAUUUUAGUUGUAAGGAUACAGUUCUCUUUUUCUUAGCAUUUAAGCCAACUAGUGUUGCGACGUCUUUCUAUAUAAAUCCCCUGACCAAAUUUA